AUUAGAUAUUAAGAUGGCGUGCAGUCUUCUUUUUCUCUCUUUGCUCUCUUCAUUUUCCAUUCGUAGACGGCAAGAACCCUAACUGCUACUGCUCCCUUCUCGCUCUGCUCAAACACUGGCUUACCCUUUUUUUAUUUCUUCAAAUCUCCACAUGGAUCAAAACCCGGAAGCUGAAAACUUUGGGACCUGAGGUUUUGCAUGUCUACAUUUAUGGGAUUUGUGUAAUUUACCCCCUUUUAUGGUUUGACUUUAUUUGAGCUGAAACAAAGUUGAGUUUUUAGGAGAUUGCAAUGGACUUGGAUAAUUUGUGAGGAUAUUUAACACACUAUAUUCACUACAUUGUGUUCCUGCAAUUAUUUUUAUCAUUUGGUGUUGUGAUGGAUGGUGAUAAUGGCCUUAAUAUUCGUAAUUGGGGUUACUAUGAACCUGCUAUUAAGAGCCAUCUGGGGCUGCAGCUGAUGUCGUCCAUGCCAGAAAAACCUUUAAUUGGAGGGCGCAAUGCUGCGGUUUUAUCUGGCACUAAUGGGGCAUUUCACCAUAGGGACAUUGGUAUGCACCAAGCUACAUACCCUACAGAAUACAUGAGGGAUGCAUGGAUUAGCAGUCAGAGAGACAAGUAUAUGAAUAUGAUACCUACCAAUCAUAACUAUGGUGGUAUUCCGGAGGCAUCUUCAGCACAUCAAAUUCAAAUGAUUCAAGCACCAGAAAUGCCGAAGGAAGAAAAGCCAGUUGAAGAAGCACCAGUUGUUGAGAAGCCAAACGGAACUCGUAAGAAAAGACAGGGUCCCAAGGUUCCCAAAUCUCCCAAGGCUAAGAAGCCCAAGAGGGGGCCUCGCACGCCAAAGGAUGAGAAUACUCCCUCAGUUCAACGUGCAAGGGUUCCGAAGAAAACUACUGAAAUUGUAAUAAAUGGGAUUGAUAUGGAUAUUUCUAGUAUUCCGAUUCCUGUUUGUUCAUGUACUGGAGCACCUCAACAGUGUUAUAGAUGGGGCUCUGGUGGUUGGCAGUCUGCAUGUUGCACAACCGGCAUGUCGAUAUAUCCAUUACCUAUGAGUACCAAGCGCCGGGGUGCUAGGAUAGCUGGGAGGAAAAUGAGUAUAGGAGCAUUUAAAAAAGUUUUAGAGAAACUUGCAGCCGAGGGUUAUAACUUUUCUAAUCCAAUUGACUUGAGGACUUAUUGGGCAAAACAUGGCACCAACAAGUUUGUCACUAUCAGGUAGAUCUACUCUAUGGUAUGGUCACCUGGCCUGUUAUGUCUUUUAGCCUUUUUGUCAUGUAUAUACAUGUGUAUUUGGCCAGAGAUGGAGACUUCUUAGCUGGUUUGUAGUUCAAGAAUUAUCAGUCAUUACAUUAGACAUCUUGUUUUCUCUUCUAACACUUCUACGUUGGUAUCUUCACUUUGUUGGAUUUAGUACAUGGGAAUUCAUCUUUUGGUU